GGUGUCAUAAUAUCAGGCUAGCAAUAACAAUUAUAGCAUUUUAAUACGCUUGACGACAACAAUAUUUUUCUUGCAAUAGAUCUUGGCAACAGAAAUUAUGAAUAUAAAAGAUAUUUUUGUAAUAAUUUUCGUCGUAGCUGCCUACGCAUCGGCGAAAUCUUGUAACUUACCGCCAAGCUUGUGGUGCUCAUCGCGUCAAGUUGCAAUAAAAUGCGAUGUCGAAGAACAAUGCCAUCCGUAUUUUUCACUACUCUCUAGGUCGAACGUCGAACUCGUGAACUUUACGCUUUACAUGGAAAGCCUGUGUCCUGAUUGCCAGAAUUUUGUUAACAAUCAAUUAUGGCCUGCAUUCAAAGCCGUUGGGGAAAUAAUGAAUUUGGUUAUUGUGCCAUACGGCAACGCUAUAGAGAAGAAAAAUGACAGCAAGUGGAAAUUUAUGUGUCAACACGGCGAGGAAGAAUGCUACGGCAACUUAAUCGAGACAUGUGCCAUACACUACAACCAAAACGCUUCUGUCUUUAUGCCUUUUAUCCACUGCAUCGAAUCAUCAAGUUUAUUGCCUCGAAAUAACGCUCCUAAAUGUGCAAAAAAAUUUGGUUUAGACUAUUCAUUAAUUAUCUCGUGCGUAAAAGGUCGUCUGGGCAACGAGUUGGAACACAAAAUGGCUAAGAAAACCAAUGCUCUGGAACCACCACACACAUAUGUGCCUUGGGUAACCUUGAAUGGGGUACACACGGACGCAAUUCAAACUGCAGCUCAAGAAAAUCUUGUCAAGCUUAUUUGCGACACAUAUCAAGGUAGUCCAAAACCUGACGCUUGUUUACCAAGCAAGUCAAAGACAUUGAGUAGAGCAUAAACCAAUUACUUGCUCAAAAUAAACGAAAUGAAUAAACACAUACGAAAUUACAAGGUCUUGAUUAAUGCAUGAUUCAAAUUAUACCUUACUUAAUAUUCAAUUAUUUUUAAAUUUUAGUACUAUUAUAGAUACUAUAAGUGAUUAAUAUCAGUUUUGUGACAAACA